AUGAAAAUCGCAAUCACCGGCGCCCGCGGCACAGUCGGCCGCGCCUGCGUCGCGCUGUGCUCCAAGGCCGGCCACGCAACCGUGCAAAUCGACCGCACCGAGCAAGAGUACGACGGCACCCCAAACAGCGAGAUGCGCACCGCCGACGUCGCAAACGACUACGACGCGCUCCUCAAGGCCUUCAAGGGCUGCGACGCGCUGAUCCACCUGGCCGCACUCCCCGACCCCGUCGGCAAAGACGACUGGACAGUGCACAACAACAACGUCAGCUCUGCGUUCAAUGGUUUCUACGCCGCCGGCAAACUGGGGAUUACAAAGGUCUGCUACGCGAGUAGCGUGAAUGCCGUCGGUCUCGCGUACGCCACGCAGCCCCUGCAUUUCGACUACUUCCCGCUAGACGAGGACGCGCCGCAACGCCCGACGGACGCAUACGCUCUAGCGAAACAAGAAGCCGAGAUGCAGGCGCGCAGUUUCGUCAACUGGUUCCCUGGCAUGAACAUCGCUUGCCUGCGGAUCCACGAGGUCGCGCCGCUGAAGGACGUGCGGGAGGAGCACGAGGGGAACUGGGACGAGGCGGCUGUGCGGCAGUUGUGGGGGUGGGUGAAUCCGACGGCUGUGGCGAGGGCGUGUCUGCUGAGCGUGGAGAGGGCGGAGAAUCUGCAGGGUGCGCAGGUGCUGAAUAUUUGUGCGCCUGCGACAACGCAGGAUACGCCGAGUGCUGAGCUCGCGAGCAAGUACUAUCCGAAUGCGGAGAUCCGGAGGGGUCUAGAGGGGAAUAAGGGGUUCUGGACGACGGAUAAGGCGAGGAGGGUUCUUGGGUGGACGCAUGAUGAGACGGAGUAG